CCUCUAGGUAAAAGGGUGCGAGCUUGCUGACGAGCCGCGCCGUGGCGUUCAAUGUCCCGGUGCCGCAGUGCCUCGCUGCUCCGGGAUGGACAGGAGCGAGCCCCGGGGCAGCCGCUCGCCGGGCGCUGGGAGCGGGCAGGAGGCGGCGUUUAACGCGGCUGGCUUGGGGCAGCAGGAGGGAGAGCAGCGGGAAGGUGCAGAGUUACGUCGCAAUACACGCGUAGGAGCCAGCUCCGGUGGGAAGCAGUGUGAUGGACCAAAAUCCAGCAGAAGUGAUUUCUUCAGCUACGAGUCAAACGGCGGUUCAGCUCGAAGUUUCAGGAGGCAGAGCAAAGUUAGCAACAGUGAUCAGCUGGAUUGGAGCCAUUCUCACAAAGACCUGAUGACGAUGAUCCAAGAAAUGAAAAAGUGUUUGCCUGAAGAUAAAAGGAGUUCCAGCAAGCCCAGUACCAUCAGUGCUCUCAAUUAUGCUUUGCAGUGUGUCCAGCAGGUCCAAGCAAACAAAGAGUUUUUACGGGCCUUGAAUGAUCGAAGAAUGUUUCAGACAGAUAUGAUGACAUACAGCAUAGAAGAGUUGGUGACAGUUGCAUCAGAACACACUCCAAAAAACAAUGAUACUUUUGUGGCUGUGUUUUCCCUGCUUUCUGGGCGCAUAGUGCAUAUUUCCAAGCAAGCAGCAUCUAUUCUAAACUGUAAGAAGAAAGUGUUGGACUCUUCCCGGUUUGUAGAGCUGCUCGCCCCUCAGGAUGUGAGUGUGUUCUACACACAUACUGAUCAGUCCCACCUGCCGCUUUGGAAUGUGGAAAAUCAAACAGCCUCUCUGUAUGAAUAUGCCCAGGUGAAAUCCUUUUUCUGCAGGAUCAGGGGUGGUAAAGAUCAAGAACAAGAAACGCAUUGUUACCCAUUCCGAAUCACCCCAUACUUGGUCCACGUGUGUACUUCUGUCCACAUAGAUGCAGAAUCCUGCUGCUUAGCUUUGGCUGAGAAAAUUCACUCUGGAUAUGAAGCUCCUCGAAUUCCUAUGGAGAAAAGAAUCUUCACCACCACCCACACUCCAGGAUGUGUUUUUCUUGAGAUAGAUGAUAGAGCAGUGCCUUUGUUGGGUUACUUACCUCAAGAUUUAAUUGGAACAUCCAUGCUGAUGUAUUUGCACCCGGAAGAUCGUCCUUUGAUGAUCGCUGUUCACCAUAAAAUCUUGAAGUUUGCUGGCCAGUCCCCUUUUGAACACUUACCCAUUAGAUUUUGUACUCAAAAUGGGGAUUAUGUCAUACUGGAUACCAGCUGGUCUAGUUUUGUGAAUCCAUGGAGCAGAAAAGUGGUGUUCAUCAUUGGCCGACACAAAGUCCGAACAAGUCCUCUGAAUGAAGAUGUCUUUGCUGCAAGAAAUAAAGAAACAAGCAGUGUUGAGAAAGAGAUAAGAGAAUUGCAAGGACAGAUUUACAAGCUGCUUCUGCAGCCAGUUCAUAGCAGCAUUUCCAGUGGUUAUGAUAGCCUUGGUAGCAGUGGCUCUUAUGAACACUAUAUCAGCAUAUCAUCUUCAAGUGACUCCAAUGGGAACUGUGCAGAGGAAACACAAGAACCAAUAACUUUGCAACAAGUAUGUGCAGAUGUCAACCGAAUAAAGAAUCUGGGGCAGCAGCUGUAUAUUGCAUCAAGGAGCAAGCCACAGAAUGGAAAUGAACAGGCUACGAGUUCAGAAAUGCUAGGAGGGAAGAGGCACAGUGCUUCCUGUUUUCUCCAGACAGUGAGAAGUGAUAGCACAGAAGAACCAGGCAAUGUACUUUAUGAUGAUUCAAAGAAGACUCUGCUUGUUCCUUCCUAUCAGCAGAUCAAUUGUGUUGAUAGUAUCAUCAGAUAUCUAGAGAGCUGCAAUAUUCCAGUAUUGAAAAGGAAAUGUAAAUCUACAAAUACAUCAUCAUCAUCUUCAGAUGACGACAAGAAAGCCCAGCAAAGUCAGCAAGAAUUCAAGGCAUUGGAAGUUAAUCUCCAAACUCCAGUAUCUGCUGAUUGGGAAAAGAUGCUGAAAAAGCAGACAACUUCAGGCAUUGUGGGAACUCCUCUGGCAGACCUGACCCUGUCCAACAAGUCUCCAAGUGUGCUAUCUGCCACCAGCCAGUGCAGUUACAGCAGCACUAUAGUGCAUGUCCCACACCCUCAAUCAGAAGUGACUACAAUGGAGGAUACUACCGUUGGAAAUGAACAAAUGGAACAGCCUCCUGUGAAUGCUCUGAGUCCCAUUAUGGUGCCUGAGGAGUUAAAGCCUGUUGGGUUAACAAAAGAGACUUUGUCAGCCCACACUCAGAAGGAGGAGCAGAACUACGUGGACAAGUUCCGCCAGAGGAUCUUGCUCUCUCCAUUUAGGACUUACCUUCAACAGGGUAGCAGAAGUAACAAUGGACAUUCCUGUGGCCAAGGAGAUUCCCCUUCAAAGGAGAGGAGUACAGCUAGCUGCAAAAAAGGCAAACAUGGAAAAUUCAAGUGCCAGAAACCUCAGAGACAGUCCUUAGAUAGCCACUCUUGUAGUAAAAAUAGAAAUAGUCUUCCAUGUGAGAAGAGAACAAUUCGGAAACAGUCAUUUUUUCCCUCAGAAGUAUCCUGUCUCUCCUCCUCCUGUAUGAAUGUAUUUCCUCCUGUGGGAUUUCCUUUCUAUUCAGAUUCACUAUCUAGUUUUCCAGCCUAUCCUGUAGCAGAGGAGCUUGCCCUUCGCUCAUUAAAACCUGAGUCCACAUCAUUGUCACAGCUAUGCUAUGAAGCACCAUCGUUCCCAGCACUUUAUCCCCCAAACGUAGGCACGUUUAUGGCUGUAUUUUUUCAUAGUUACCCCAUGUAUGCUCAGCUGCCUCAAUAUGACUUUCUUCCUAGCCCUCAGUACAUUUAUCCCCCUUCUUCGUAUCCACGCACAACACUACCUCUAGCUCCCCCUCCUUCUGCGCCAUCACCAGUAGCCCCAAACUCUGCAAAUCAGUCCUUUCCAGCCUCUUCCUCCACAUCAACUGAGGAACAGCAAGAGGGCCAGCAUGACUGGGCCCAACAGCUGAGUAGCUCACAAGCCAGCUCCCUACUUCAGCUGAAUGUGCUUCAAAAAAAGCUUCCGAAACCUGUGGAGCCUUCCAUCCUUUCCAUCAUUACUGAUGUUAAAGCACAAGCAGAAGCUAAAUGUGACAAUGAUCCAGAAGGUAGUGGUAAUGGUGCUAGUAGCCACUGUGCUUCUAGUGAAUUUACUGACCACCAACUACAUGAGGACUCCCAGUCGGGCACAGGUUCAGCAGCAUCAGGCAGUGGAUCAGCUUUAUUCAGUUCUUUAGAUUUUCACUCCAAUGAAACUUCUGGUUAUGGCACAGGUAGUGGGAAAAGCAACAAGUAUUUUGCCAGUAAUGAUUCUUCUGAAACUUUCAAAGAGAGGAAUCAGGAAGCAAAAGAAAAAGAGACACGUUAUAAAUCCAAAUGUGAGUCAGCCUGGGUGAUGAUGGAUCACACGCCGGAGCAAGUUCUAAUGACAUACCAAAUGCCCAACAGAAUUAAAGAGGAAGUUUUAAAGGAGGAUCUUGCGAAGCUGAUAGUCAUGCAAAAGCAGCAACCUUGGUUUACGGAUGAGCAAAAGAAGGAGCUUGCAGAGGUGCAUGCGUGGAUCCACACCCAGUCUGUCCCACUACAAAUCAACACUCAAGGCUGUGUUACAUGCAACAUCAGGGAAGCAAGUUGUGAGGCUGCAGUGACUGAUGACAAUACAGAAAACAAGGGAAAAUCAAUUCCACUGUUGCAACACUGAAGACAUCAGUACCUGUUAGUGAAACUUCUUGGAGUAAUUCCCAUUCUCUUUGCCUUUGCUACACACAUUUGCAGCAAAUCUCUCCAGCGGUAUUUUCCCAACAUGAGCAAUUGUUCAUGUGGAACUAAACCAUUCUCCAUUACUCCUUCACUCCUGGUCUGAUUUUGAAGACAAUCUUCCACUAGGAGGCUGUUCCCUUCCUGACCUUACAAACUUGACACAUAAUGAGUUAUGUUUCUAACUUUCAAUGCUCUAUGAUGAGCAAAAUGUAAAGGCUGUUUCUUUGGUUUUGUUUUGUGGUGAUGGUGUGUUGCUUUGUUGUUCUUGGCAGCUAAGAGUCUGAAAAGAUGCAAUGCUUAAGAGCCUACAUUGAAGACCUAAUGAAUCAGAGUAUGUAUAUUCUCCAGUAAGGUAGAUAUGCUAGUGCCACUAAAUCCAAGCUACAACAGAGCGUUUAUUUAAUAUUCAGAGGUCUAAACUAAAGAUUCUAAAGGUACUCUGAAGCUUGAAGCUCUAAGGUUUCAGCAGGUUUUUCCAGAAUCAAGUAGGCUUUUUAAUGAGCAACAGAAAAUUGGCCAAGUUAUUGUGCAUCAAAAUGCCUUUCUCCAACUUGUGCCUUUCAAAAAAAAUAAAAAGUGAAAAGAAGCAAAGUUAUUCCUUAUGUUUUUCAUAAGUGUUUGAGAACCUAAUUGUUUCAUCACUUUUGUUUAAGAUGGAUUUUAAAAUUAAUCAAGGGUAACUGGUUUGCAAAUUCAUUGUCAAUUAAACUAUAAACAGCAAGCCAAGAAACUAAAAUUAACAAUUCAGGUAUUAUUUCCUAAAGUAGAAUCUGCUUUUUAAAGGAAGUUGCAUGAGAAAUUUUCUCUAUUGAGGCUCUCGUUAUCAAUUCAGAUACUUGCAUGCAGUCUUUUAUGUUGCUUGUGUUCCGGAAGGUGAAUUUGCAUCGUAAUCUGUGUUGUAUUAGAACAGAUACAUAAGUUGAAUCCAGACAUAACUAAAAGGCAAUUUUGAGCCAUUUACAUGUUUUGUUUAUGUUGUGAUGAUGCCACAAAAAAAAAAAAAAAAAAAAAAAAAAGGCAAUUAAGGUUCAUUUCUCCUGCUUUCUUGAGAAGUCACAUGUGGUCAAACAUCAAACUACAUAUUCAUUGUUUCAUACUGUUGUUGACUUCCUGUAUAACUUCUAACCUCUUUCUUUAUAAUGGAGUUACCAGCUGUUGAAACUCAUGAAUGAAAAAUGGCUUUAAGUGUAGUGUAAGUUUGUUCUUCAGAAAGUGGUAAUAACUUUCUCAUUCACUGUGUAAAAGGACUUGUUCUCAUGCUCAUAUUUACAGCUUAAAGCUUAAUGUUUCAAAGUACUCUUCAAACAGGACACUCUUUGCUUAAAAAAAAGAGCCAAGUUUUGUCUGACUUCCACUUUGUUAUCGAUAGCUGUAUAUAAUAAUGCAGAUUUUUCACUUUGAUGUUAUUAAUCAUCUUUUCCUUCUCAACAAAGAGUUUAAAAGGUAAUACAUUAUUCACCUUUCCAUGCUCUGUAACUGUUCUGUUAUGUGAAGGAUUUUCAGUUUUUCAGUCUCAUUUACGAGUGAGCUAGCUGUUGAUGAGUAAGUUAAAGAUCCUAUGAUCUUCAGAUAAUUAAAAUUAUAUUUACCUUA